GAAGAACGGGGCGCACCACCUAAAGUUCUAAAAAGUCGUGCGGCGGUUGGACCAUUUUUAUAUCGAUAGAGGAGCUGAGCGUCCGUUCAAUGUGUAGUAGUCAGGUUGCUUCUUCACAACGCGAAGGCGAGGACGAAGGACGAAGGUAGAUCGCUUACUGGGGAUCUGAACAAUAACCAGGGAUAGUUGUAAAGGAAUAUUGUUUCAAUACGCGUUUCAACAUAUUUUUCCACACAGCAAAAAAAACGAACCAUGGGUCCCUACAUCGGCAGCUCACAUGGCGCCGGCGAUGAGGACGUGCCGGCAAAGGUAGUUUCGGAGUGGAACGUAUCCUGAGUAAAAACGUCCCCACACCAGAGUCAAGAUGGGGACUUUGCAACACAAACCUAGAAGUUUUGGUGGUCACGCAUGACAAAUUUCAAUUCCUACUGUAGUGCAGAUUAGCGUGGACAGCCGCAUUACAAAAAAAUCUGCUUAUCCUGUUUACAGCAUUACAAAUUUUGGAACACGAUGGGAAAUUAAUGCCUACCAUGGGUAUGCGCAUCACAAAUGUUCCUGUCAUUGGAAAUCAGCAUUACAACUCUGGGGUGGGGACGUUUUUACACAGGAUAGAACGGCAAGCGACUAGGGUUGUUGGGCGUCUGCUGCUUUUCUGCCAUCACCUGCAUCACAUGCGCCGUCGUAGAGGAAACGCUCUCGGCCGUGUUAGCGUACUGAUUUUAUAUUUUCGCUUGCUGGUUCUCGAUGCUGAUGUUCUGGCUUUUCGUCUUCUCACUUUGCCACGAAAGCGCAUAAACAUUUGCUAUUGAUGCCUAAUCUUUGUCCCGGAAGCGGAACCACAUUUUCUCAAGAGUCCAACUUGAUACGGUAGCGGUUCUCAAGAUAAAGAUUCCACUACGUGCCGCACUGUAAUAAAAAUUCCAACCUCCACAGCUUUGGCCUCGGAAUCCUUGCGUUCUACACGCUGCAAAACAAGGGGCUAGAGGAUGCACCGAAGCAUACCGAGGACCUGGAGCUGUAUCAAAUGUAAAAAUGUCUGGGUCUGGAAGAAUCCAACUUGUGAUGCUGCAUUUGGAUUCCAAAAAAAUCUGUAUUGCAUGAGUACCAAAGGGAGUGUAAUUCUUGCUACGCGAAGAGGGCAUUUGUCAUGCUGAAUAGGCAUCAAGAAGCUCUCAAAGAAUCUGUGACGCUAGGGCAUGCAUCACAGACAUCAGGGCUCAUCCAAAACGUGCAUGACAAGUGACCUGGCUCGUCUUUGAUGGGCAGGCGGAUGACUGUGACCUGUCUCGCCCAUCAAGAUCCCUAAUCCGUAGCUCCUAGACGUUGCCUGGCCCGCGAAUGACUCCACGGCAGCCGGAUGUCCGUGACCUGGUUAUAAAGGGCUUCGUCGAUCGAUUGUGCCACUAGGGCCUUGUGUUCUGGCUACUCCGGAUCGCAAUCGAUGGAGGGCGGGACCUGCACCGGCGACAGGCGCUAUCCAACCAACCAACCAACCAACCAACCAAGUGUCAGAAUCUUCCAGACCCAGACAUUUUUACAUUUGAUAAGCUGACCCAGGUAGCGAAAAAAGAGGGCGUCGACCUCGACACAUUUCUCCGCGACCCCGAGUCGCACACUGCCUCCAAAAUUCUGGUCCACGCCCUGAUCAAGGAGUAUUUGCGUGUGGUGGCGCGAUUGCAGCAGGUGGAUCCCAAGGCCGCGGCCAGCGAGGAGGAAAAGGGCGAGAGUGCAGUAGAGCAGUACCAUCUGGAGACGGAGGCAAUCGCAAUUCAAAUCGACGAAUCGAAGUGUUCGAAGCAAACGGAGUCAACGGACGGUACUGAUGUGAAAAAACUCUCUUCGAUUCAUUAUUGUGAAUGAGAAAAUACAAGACGUGGUUUUCAAUUUUGCGUCACAUUGUCAGACUUCAAUACUCACAUGUCUAUUUUUUGAUCCUGAAAAUAUGAUUCGUUGCCUUGGAAUUGCAGAACUGCAUUGAACCGAUUUUGAUGACAGUGGCCAACGGUGGUUCGCGAAAGGCGAGUUACGACUCCGAAUUCGACGAAGGGCAGAUGAUUGUGGAGGACGAAGUGGACGGGUUGAAGCUCGCAAAGAAGGAGAAGAAGGCGAAGAAGGAGAAAAGCGGUAUCAAUCAAAAAUGAUGUUGUAGCCACGUGGCUCCUUCCACUUUUUGUUUUUCAUAUGCUUCUUUCGAUGUAAAUUGCAGGUAUCUUGUAUGUACUUACUUGUAUGGUGUUGCAAAAAUCACUACACAGGUGAUGCGGAUAAGAAGGAGAAGAAAGAAAAGAAGAAGAAGUAUCAAAAUGAAAAGUACCCACCCCAACAGGAGGAAAGGCUUGUAUUGUAAAACUUUCGAGUGCAACCACUUACUUACCCCAUUGCAUGCAUCAGCAUCACAGGUUCUUUUCGCUGCAGACUACAACGCAAAAGAUGUGUUGCAAAAGGCCGAGCAUCAGCGGGGCUUCGCUUUUCUAGAAUCUAGAUGAGCGAGACUCGUAGUGCUUUUACGCAAAACAGAGAUGGGUUCCAGAUCCACUUAAAAACUUUGAAUCAGAAACGAGUAUUUCCCGGCUCUGGGGGCGUGGUACUUUUCACUUUUAUAAGCUGCGCGCGAUUGACGAGGAAGAAGUCGAGCAGGAGUUGUAAACUUCUUUUCGUCCACAACAUAAAAAAACGUAUUGGAAUUUCAUCACCUCUACUCUUGAAAGCAGCCAGACUUCCAUAGAUACUGACUCAGUUAUUGGAUUAUUGUCCGUUUCAUGCUACUAACUUACGUCCAUGCUGUCAAGGCGGCUUUGUUUCCGGCCGAAUGUAAUGCUCCAUGUGAAAAAAUUCAGCUGAAAUUAAGUUUCUAAAAUGUAUGAAAUCCAAAGCUCACGAACAAUACUAGCUCAUGUACCUGAUCUAUCAAAUCUCUACCCACGAUUAACAUGUGCUAUACUUAUACCAUGCCCGCUGUUGUACCGUCACACGUGCACAAUAUUCGUAGACCUCAAAAGAUGAACAGCAUGAAUCGAAUGAAUUGCAAGCACUGUUGGUCCACGAGGCUGCUGAGGCAGCAGAUGCGGCGUAUCCUUUCAAGCAGCGAACGUUGGUUCUGUUUUCUUUGGAAUCAUGAGAUCAUC